ACAAUUGGCAUUCCAGUUGCACCGUGUUGUGUCUCGUACGGCUGGUGCAACAAAACAACGAUGCUACCUGGAGAUCGUGGUUCGUUUUAACCGUGAUAUCCCUACUCUGGUACCGGCUACCAGACCACGAGAACAGACGCAGUUAGAUACCUACGUGAGACCAGUUGGUUUCUAUGCUCGAGAGCUUCAACAGUUGUCGCUUAGUGGCUCUAACAGACCGUUCACUUCUUCGAGGGUUGCUAACGUAAACCUUGUGACAGAUUUCGCCAGCGAAAUUAUCACAGAAAAAUUGUACAUUUAAUUGUUUCGUUACUGGACGCAGCUGGACCAUCCCUAGGACGCCGUGGAAGUUGUAAGAAAAAAAAAAAGUGAACGUUCGUUAUGGUAGAAGCUAUCGUCUAAUACAGCGUGCCAUUUCUUUUAUCAGAUUGAAGAUGUCGAACUUGAAAGAAGCUCUGGGAAUCGGCGAACUUACCGAUAAGGAGUCAGGCCUUUAUCGAGCUCUUGUAGCGGAAUUCCUCGGCACCUUGCUGUUGAACUUCUUCGGCUGUGGAUCGGUCGUCACUGGUAACAUCGUUGCCAUAAGCUUGGCCUUUGGCUUGACGGUAGCCGCCGCCAUUCAAGGAAUCGGACACCUUUCCGGUGGCCACGUCAAUCCUGCGGUUACCUUUGGUUUAAUGGUAAUUGGUAAGGUACCAAUAAUUAGAGGGUUACUGUACGUGAUAGCUCAAUGCAUAGGAGCGAUAGCAGGGUCUGGUGUGUUGAGAGCAUUAUCUCCCGAACGAAUGGAGGGUGCACUAGGCGUGGUAUCCCUCUCCGAUGAUGUUACGCCUGUCCAAGGAUUUGGUAUCGAAUUUUUCCUCGCUUUGAUACUGGUACUGGUCGUUUGCGGUGCAUGCGACCCAGCUAAACAUUACAGCAAAGGAAUUGCCCCUCUCAUAAUCGGACUGUCGGUCUUAGUUGGUCAUCUUGUUGGCGUACCAAGAACUGGAGCAGGAAUGAAUCCAGCUAGGUCGUUAGGCAGUGCAGUGGUGAUGGGAAUGUUCGAUAAUCAUUGGCUUUAUUGGAUCGGUCCGAUUCUGGGUGGAAUGGCGGGUGCAUUGAUCUAUGCAUUUGUAAUCAGUCCAGCAAAGGAGGAGGAACUUCCGCGAACAUACGCUGCGGUCGCAACAGCGGAGAAAAGGGAACGAUAAACAAGAAGAGGACAGAAAUUGAAUUAAUUACACGCAGUGCAAUUAUGGAGACGGUCCCUGAUUUCGUUUAGAGAGUCAUUUUAUUCAUGAAAAUAUCGCAGAGAAAAUAAGUGGUUAGCUUUAUACGCUUCUAUCAGCACUAUAAAGUAAAUUGCUCUAUGAUUUUUAGCGAAAUGAAUGCAAAAUCAUUAGAGGAUAUUUUAAGGGAGAUUUUAACCGUCGUACAGUGACAUCCGGCUCAUUUUUGAGUUACUAUUAAAGCAACAAGUUGUUACAGUUUCAAGUCUAAAGCCAGGAAACCCAAGUUGCAUUUGUGUUAUAUUUUAGCUAUAAUUCUACGUCUAAUUAUGUGUAAUUUGUAAAAUUAAGAAUUGUGAAAGACUUAUAAUAUUCUAAGGUAUUGUUUACUGUUUGCUUUGAUAUUUCUUGAUUUAUUAAUGUAGAUACAUAUAUGCUUUGUCAAAAAAUAACAUUUUUUUCAGUACA